AUGUUUAAAUAUGUGUAUUUAUAAUUUUAUUUGUAAUAUUGACCGGCAUGAACCGGCACAAACUGGUAUGUGCCACCGGUUGAACCAUUCCACUUGCUAAACCGGCACACUUGCAUAAACCGGUUUGACAAUAUUGCAUAAAAGCAAAAACUAAAACACUCAUACUAUUUAUAAUAGAACCCGGAUGAAUAUGAAUUAAGAAAAAUAAAUGUUGCAGAAGUAGCCGUUAUUAUUUCCUCCUCUUUGCUCUCCACAAAUUUCCCACACAGGCUCCUCUCUUGUUGCAUCACUUUUCGUACUUCUUUCUUGAAAUUCUUCGCAAAACACGCAGAGGAGGCUUGUGCUCUCGCUUCAUAGCCCUUCUUCUCAAUUCCCGGCGACCGCCGGGACUUACUUCAGUUCCCGUCAGUAUCAACCAAGUUCAACCUCACAAGUUACAACUCAAGACUUCUUCACCGACUUCUCUUGUAAGUUGUUAACUUGCUCCGUGAUUCUCUAGUGUUUGCACUUCAGGCUCGUCCCGUUCCAGGUGAUUUUCUUGUUGGAGGUUUUUGCCUGAAUCUCCAGAAAAGGAAAGAAUGAGUUCGUGCCAAUUUCCAGGGUUUCUUACCCUUUUAAGCUUGGGCCGCGUUCUUUCCUUUUUUGCUUUCAUGGAAAGAACUUGAAUUCUAGGUCAAAUUGCGGCUUCCAAAUUGUUAUUGUGAGGGCUGUUGUGUGAAUUGAAUUCUCCGAAUUAGGAAGCCGAUUAGUUUAGGUUUUAGUUCUCUGGAUUCGAGGCUGAGUAUAUCACAUGCUGAAUAUUGCUUAAUUUUGAGAUCAAGAAAAUGAAGAUCGAUGGUUUCUCUGACUGCGAAACCGUUUUCCAUGCUAGAGAGAAAGAAGUAGGCGAUCGUAGUGAAAACGUGAAAGAGAAAUGGUCGGAACCCCGGCGACGCCGGCGUCCAAGACCCGGAGAAUUGUGCCGUCAACUAGUGGUGGCACGAGGGCUCAGGAGGAGAAAAUUUUGGUCACUGUGAGGAUGCGGCCGCUGAGCGGGAGAGAACAAUCGUUGUACGAUCUUAUUGCGUGGGAUUGUCCCGAUCAACAGACAAUCAUCCACAAAAGUGCAAAUCCAGAGCGUCCUACCACAGCCUACAUGUUUGAUAAGGUUUUUGAUCCUUAUUCAACAACUCAGAAGGUGUAUGAACAAGGAGCUAAAAGUGUUGCUUUGUCAGUCCUUACUGGAAUUAAUGCUACCAUCUUUGCUUAUGGCCAAACCAGUAGUGGAAAGACGUUCACCAUGAGAGGGAUCACAGACCAUGCAAUCCAUGAUAUCUUUCAGCACAUUGCGCAGAUUCAGGAGAGGGAAUUCUCCUUAAAAAUAUCAGCCUUGGAGAUUUAUAAUGAGACUGUUGUAGACCUCCUGAACCGUGAAUCAGGUCCCCUUCGGCUUCUGGAUGAUCCUGAGAAAGGAAUCAUUGUUGAAAAACUAGUUGAAGAAGUGGUCAAUGAUGGUCAACACUUGAGACACUUAAUUGGAGUUUGUGAAGCUCAACGGCAAGUUGGAGAAACUGCCCUCAACGACAAAAGCUCGAGAUCACAUCAAAUAAUACGACUGACCAUUGAGAGCACUUUAAGGGACAAGUCGGGCCAUGUUGAAUCGUUCUUAGCAAGUUUGAAUCUUGUGGACCUUGCUGGAAGUGAGCGUGCAUCUCAAACAGCUGCAGAUGGUACAAGACUUAAAGAAGGUAGUCAUAUAAAUCGCAGCUUGUUGACCCUCACUACAGUGAUCAGAAAGUUAAGUGGAGGAAAAAGAAGUGGUCAUAUACCAUACAGGGAUUCAAAGCUCACUCGAAUAUUGCAGCAUUCACUGGGGGGUAAUGCACGCACAGCAAUAAUCUGUACAAUCAGUCCUGCCUUGAGUCAUGUGGAGCAAACAAGAAAUACUCUGUUGUUUGCAACUAGUGCCAAGGAAGUAACCAACAAUGCUCAAGUGAACAUGAUAAUUUCAGACAAAAAAUUAGUUAAACAUUUGCAGCUGGAAGUAGCCAGACUUGCGGCAGAGCUUCAAACACCAGAAACUUCUUCUGUUGCACAACUGAAAAAUAGUCUUGUGCAGAAGAACCUGAAAAUCGAGAAGCUGGAGAAUGAAUUAAGAGAGGUCAAGCGUCAGAGGGAUCUUGCAGAAUCUCAACUUGAACUAGUAAAAAAAUCACAUAAGGAGCCAAAGGGUCUAAAACAAAGUGGACCAUCUUCACAAGUAGCCAGAAAGCUUCCGUUCUCUGUAGAGGGGCAAAAAAGAAAUGCUGUUGGCAGGCAGGGUACUUCUGUAAGGAAGUCUGCCACUUCCAGUGAUCCAUCCAUUCUUGUUCAGGAAAUACGAAAACUUGAGCAGCAGCAGAGACAGCUUGGGGAAGAAGCAACUCGGGCAUUGGAAGUGCUUCACAAGGAGGUUGCCUCCCAAAGAACGGGGAGCCAAGAGACUGCUGAAACCAUAGCAAAGAUGCUUUCCGAGAUUAAGGAUAUGCAAGUUGAAAGCUUUGUUCCUGAGGAAUCUAUAUUUGGAACGAAGGCCAGCAGUCUGAAAGAAGAGCUCACCCGAUUGGAUUCGCAAGAAAGCACCAUUGCCUCGCUAGAAAAGAAGCUUGAUAAUGUUCAGAAGUCCAUAGACAUGCUGGUCUGCUCAUUCUCUGGCCGUGAGGAGACUCCAGAAGUGAAGGCACAACUAAGGAAGAAAAAGACUCUACCUUUCACGUCAAGGAACAGCACUAAUGUACAUCUAAUACGUUCUCUUUGUUCACCUUUGUCGUCCUCUUCCCAUGGUGGUGCAGUAGAUAAUGAGGUCGAGAACAGAGACCCCAAGAGAAGUAACCUGUUGGUUAGUGGCAAUACCUCACAUGAAUGUACUCCGGUGAAGGCUGCUGGACGUACUGGUAACGCAUCAUCUAAGGAAGGAACGCCAUCCUCAAGGUCUUCGAAGUCGGUUAGUGUGAAGAAAAUGCAGAAAAUGUUCAAGAAUGCAGCUGAAGAAAAUAUAAGGAGCAUUCGAGCUUAUGUCACUGAGUUGAAAGAAAGGGUGGCGAAGCUUCAGUACCAGAAACAGCUUCUAGUUUGUCAGGUUCUAGAGCUAGAGGCAAAUGAGGGUAUAGCAAUGGAAACAGAUUAUCUGGAUGAAUCUCCGGUGGCAUGGCGCUUGGUGUUUGAGGAGCAAAGGAAGCAGAUUAUAAUGUUGUGGCAUCUGUGCCAUGUUUCCAUCAUACACCGCACUCAGUUCUACUUGUUGUUCAAUGGAGAUCCGAGUGACGAGAUAUAUGUGGAAGUUGAGCUCAACAGGCUGACGUGGCUGGAGCAGCAUUUUGCGGAGCUCGGGAAUGCAAGCCCAGCACUGUUGGGGGAUGAGCCUGCUGGCUCGGUGUCUCAAAGUAUCAAGGCUCUGAGACAAGAACGGGAGGAACUAGCGAAGCGGGUAAGCUCGAAGCUGGGAGCUGACGAGAGGGAAUCGCUGUAUGAGAAAUGGGACAUCCCACCAGGAGGGAAGCAGAGGCGGCUGCAGCUGGUAAAUAAACUGUGGACGGACCCGCUCAACAUGGAACACGUCCAAGAGAGUGCAGAGAUUGUGGCUAAGCUCGUUGGUUUCUGCGAAUCCGCCGGAGGUGCAGGAGGGUAUGUGAGGAAGGAAAUGUUUGCUCUCAAUCUUGUUCACCCUGCUGACAAGAAGUCAUGGAUGGGGUGGAACUUUAUAUCCAACCUUCUCAACUUGUAAUUCAAGUCGGCAAGGGAAAUAGGCAACCAGCUGGUGUGGUGGCUAGAGGGGAGCUGAGUAAAGUGAUGGCUAGCUUGUAGGUUUUGUUUAUGAAGUUUGUAUAGAGAUAGAGAUUGACUGAGACUCAGGGCCAGGGGAUUGUUAAGAGAUCCUAUUCCCAUCAACUAAUGGUUGGAGUCGUUUCAAAUUCCAGAUUUUUUUCCACUAAUCUUCUGGGAAGGUAAGAAGAGAGGUGCCAUCCAUCUCCUUUCUGGCUUCAAUUUUGGUUCAACGUUCCUUCGAAAUUGAAGAACUAGAAAAGAAACUAUGGGAAUUCAA